GAAUACCGCUGGAGGUCUCUCCGUGCACAUGAACCAGGUCCAUAAGGAAUCGCUGUCCCACGUCGAAAAUGCCCUGCCUAACCGACAAGCGCUGGAUGUGGAGAUCUUUGGAAUGGAGGGCUUGCCUGAAGAAGUCAGGAAGCAACACGAGGAGCGCAUCGUGAAAAACUACUUUGAUGCCCAGAGAGAGCGAUUCGAGGCUACUGGAAACCCGCCACCUGGUGAAGGCCGACCCUCGAAAAAGAUCAAGAUCGAGGCACCCGAGGAUUUGAAGAAGAGGUUUGCCGAAUUCAGGGCGAGGAAAGCCGCUGUCAAAGCGACCGGUGCCAGCGCCGCUCCAGGUCCCGUGCCGGGCAAUGCACAAAGCCCCGGCCAGACUGGCAGCCCAGGUACAUUCAACUCUCCCUUCAAUCCACCUUCGGCAUAUGGCCAACCAGGCUACCCGAACUACCCAGCGAAUGGCGCUCCCCCUCCAGCCGGCUACAACCAAUACGCUCCGUCCAACCUUCCCGCACGACCUCCCUCUCUCCCGACCGCGCCAAACCUGCCCCAGCGACCUGGCUAUCCAGCAAAUUACUAUCCCGGCCAAGCCCCACCCGCAGGCUACCCGGCUGGCGGAGGCGCAUCAACGGUGGACGAGCUCGUGGCUGGUGGAGUACGCCAGGGAGACGAUAUCGACAAGCUCAUCCGUAUGGCGGAGGCCGGCAUCAAGCCCGCCAAGACACCUACGGACGGUGCUGCUGCUGCUCCUCCUGCAGAGGGCGCCGAGAAGAAGUCGAAGAAGGAGAAGGGUCGCAUGAUAUAUGCCGAUACGGAUUUCAGUCCUGAAGAGAAGAUGGCCAUGAUGCCCAGGUACCAGUGGCAGUCCUUGGAGGCAUAACGCGCAGCAGGUCCUCUGCUGGGAGGCAAAGAAGGCAGAGGGAGAGAGGCAGAACUGCCACAAAGGUAGAGCAAGAUGGUGCAGAUCCCUACUGGCAAAGCCCCAGAGGCAGGCAGUCUGAAGAGGAUGCUCCUUCAAAAGCCGUGACGGCUUUCCAGGUUGUCCAUCCUCUGAGGCGGGCGCACGGGACUCGACGAAUCAGCUAGGCAGACCUGUGUACCAGCUGUUGGAUGAAGCAGAGCUUCUAGCGGAAUUCUAUCUGAAACUUUCGCUCAUUGCAGCUACGAGC